AUGAGACGAGCGAGUGUGUUGGCAUCGGUACAGGGGACACACCCUUGGACGAGCGGAGGCAGUCGUGUGGUGGGAGCUCGCACGCUCACGACCAGCGCUGGUGCCGGCUCUGCAGAUCGCUGGAAAAAGAACUUCAAGAAGGUGGUGCCCGAGGGCGACUCGAAGGAGCGCGCCGUGUGCCAGGAGUGCGGGUUCAUCAACUACCACAACCCCAAGAUUGUGGCCGGCGUCGUGGCACUCUCCUCCACUGGCAAGGUGCUGCUGUGCAAGCGUGCCAUUGAACCCAAGACUGGCUACUGGACCCUGCCCGCAGGCUACAUGGAAGUGGGUGAGACAGUGCAGGCUGGAGCGGCGAGAGAGGCGCGGGAAGAGGCCAACGCCACCGUGGAGGCCGGCUCUCUGCUUACGAUGUAUGACGUGCCCAGGAUCGGACAGGUGCAUAUGUACUACAGAGCCAAGCUGCUCUCCGACGAGGUGUCCGCGGGCGAGGAGACGCUGGACGUUGCGCUGGUGGACCUGGACGAGAUCCCGUGGGACCAACUGGCCUUCCCCACCGUGCGGCACACGCUGGAGUUCUUCCUCAAGACCGGCAGACACUCGGCGGACGCCAUCGAUUUCAAGUCCAUCACCGAACAGCUCAUCUGA